AUGUUGCGCUGGUACCAGUCCAAGUUGGCCAAGAGGCCCAUUCUCACCGCAAGCAUCACCAGUGCAGUCCUGUUUGGCAGCGGUGAUGCCCUAGCACAACAAGCCGUGGACCGCAGAGGUCUCGCAAAGCAUGACUUUGCCCGCACCGGUCGCAUGGCUCUGUACGGCGGAGGUACGUUCUGCAAAUCGCCGAGUUCCCGUCCAAUGCUAAUCUGUGUGCCCAUUUCAGCCGUCUUUGGUCCUGUCGCUACGAAGUGGUUUGGGAUCCUCCAGCGCCAUGUCGUCCUCGGGAGUGUCGCAACCACCACCGCCGCUCGUGUCGCCGCCGAUCAAAUCGUCUUCGCUCCGAUCCAGCUCACAUGCUUCCUCUCCUCCAUGGCCCUCAUGGAAGGUACUGAUCCUGUGGAGAAGUGGAAGAACGCCUUCGGCCCUGCGUACAAGGCCAACUUAGCCGUCUGGCCGUUUGUACAGGGUGUCAACUUCGCGUUCGUUCCUCUGGAGCUGCGUGUCCUGGUUGUCAAUGUCAUCAGUUUGGGUGAGUUUCAUUGUGAGAGGUCAGGCUGUAGAUGGUCAGUGUCACUAACCAACCUCAUAGGCUGGAAUUGCUUCCUCAGCAUGAUGAACAGCGGUGAGGAAUGA